AUGUCAUCAACGGACUCACACAGGGGAAAACCAUUUAAAUGUAUGGAGUGCGGAAAGAGCUUCAGUCACAAUGUAUCCCUUAGAUGUCAUCAACGGACUCACACAGGGGAGAAACCAUUUAAAUGUAUGGAGUGCGGAAAGAGCUUCAGUAAGAACGGAGAACUUAGAACACAUCAACGGACUCACACGGGUGAAAAACCUUUUAAAUGCAUGGAGUGCGGAAAGAGCUUCAGACAGAGUGGACACCUCAAUAUUCAUCUACAAACUCACACAGGGGAGAAACCAUAUAAAUGUAUGGAGUGCGGAAAGAGCUUCAGACAGAGUGGACACCUCAAUAUUCAUCUACAAACUCACACAGGGGAGAAACCAUAUAAAUGUAUGGAGUGCGGAAAGAGCUUUAGUGAAAAUGUAAAACUUAGAAUACAUCAACGGACUCACACAGGGGAAAAACCAUUUAAAUCUAUGGAGUGCGGAAAGAGCUUUACUGAUAAUGCAACCCUUAGAAUACAUCAACGGACUCACACAGGGGAGAAACCAUAUAAAUGUAUGGAGUGUGGAAAGAGCUUCAGUCAGAGUGGACACCUCAAUAUUCAUCAACGGACUCACACUGGUGAAAAACCUUUUAAAUGCAUGGAGUGCGGAAAGAGCUUUAGUGAAAAUGGAGACCUUAGAAGACAUCAACGGACUCACACAGGGGAGAAACCAUUUAAAUGUAUGGAGUGCGGAAAGAGCUUCAGUCAGAGUGGACACCUCAAUAUUCAUCUACAAACUCACACAAGGGAGAAACCAUUUAAAUGUAUGGAGUGCGGAAAGAGCUUCAGUCACAGUGUAUCCCUUAGACAUCAUUUAAAUGGAGAAACCAUUUAA